AUCAUCAGUUUCAACUCGGGCUUCAAGUCGACAACAUCUCAUCAAAACGAUCCUUAGGGAAUUUACAUCUACUGCUUAUAAUUAUUCUUGCUAGUUUCUUGUUAAUCUGCCAUCAUGUAUGCCGGAUGGAUUUUCCACUUCAUUCUAUCGAUGUCUUUGCUGGCUGCGAUUGGAGGACAGUUGUUUGACCGUGGGUGGUCGCCCGCCAGCAACCUCCUCAUCUCCGGUUCCAAAAGUAUUCAGCGAUACAUCACGUACUCCGACAGCGUGAGUGCCGGGGCAGUCACAGCCAUGAAGGAGUGCCGUCGAAGGUUCCUUUGGGACCGGUGGAACUGCCCAGAGGGAUCGCUAGCUCUCCUUAACGAACCACUCCCGACCAGAGAGAUGUCUUUCGUCCACGCCAUUAGCUCGGCAGGGGUGAUGUACUCGCUGACCCGGAACUGCUCCUUGGGUAACUUCGAAAACUGCGGCUGUGACGAGGCUAAGAGAGGGGGCAAAGAAGGUGGUGAUGGUUGGCAGUGGGGUGGCUGCAGUGACAACAUCAAGUUUGGCGAGAGGAUCUCAAAGGUGUUCGUAGAUGGGAUGGAGCAGGGGGAGGAUGCGCUGGCCUUGAUGAAUCUGCACAACAAUGACAUCGGCCGAAAGGCUGUUCGUCAGACCCUCAACCGUCGCUGUAAAUGUCAUGGUGUCUCCGGUAGUUGCUCCAUCCAGACCUGCUGGGACCAACUCGGCGCCUUCGACAUCAUCGGCGAGGCCCUUCGCAAACGCUACGAAACGGCUGUGUUGGUAGACUACAUCAACGGCAACCUCUUCCCCACCGACAUCAAACCCAAGGAAGCCAAGGACUCCGAACCUGUAGACAAGAGUGACCUAGUCUUCCUCGAGCUGUCGCCUAACUACUGUCAGCUCAACUCUACCAUCGGUGCUGUAGGGACCGUAGACCGGGAAUGCUUGCGUGGACGAGGAGGUGAUGAAGUGACUGAAUGGGAGGCUAGAAGCUGCAAGCGGCUCUGUACAUCGUGCGGACUUGGUGUGAGGCGGACGAAAGUCGUAGUCUCGUCCAGUUGUAACUGUAAAUUCCAUUGGUGUUGUGAGGUUCAGUGCGAGACAUGCACGCGGGAAGUCACCAAGCUGACAUGCGCACGGAAGAGCGAGACUAGAACCAGACGUUAGCGCCCUCUUGUGGCAAAGAACUCUUAGGAUUUGCCAACUUUAUUUUUUUGAUUAACUCAAUGUUAUUAUGGAGCCUCCAGUUCUGGUACAUUAUUGAUUUUUGUAAAUAUGUACAUUUUUAUAGACCGAUUAAUUACUAUUAAAUGUAAACAACUCCUGUGGAUAUUCCGUUAGGAAAAUGUUACGUUCGCAUGACCACAAAUUCAUUCUUCAUAAGUUAAACUUUUAAAAGUAUAUAUACAUUGAAACUGUAAUUACAUUUUUUUUUUCAAAGCAAAUAUUAAUUUUGUUUUUUUACCCAUACACCGAUGUGUAUACUCAGUACUUUUCCAAAGCAAAAAUAUCUUAACAACUUUUCAAGACUUUUAAAGUAAACAUUCACUUUAAAAUUUCAUUGUUGUGCACGUGUAUUGUUGUUUACAAUAAAAUGUUAGAAAACAAAGUCAGUUUCGCUUGUUAUUAUUAUGUUUUAAAAGGGGGUUUCCUUAAAGUUUAGGUUGUAGGAACUUGGGCAAAUACACGUACAAUAUACAAUUUUUGGUAGAUAGUUUGGCAUUUCUACAAGACUCUGGUUUAAGAUGCUACUACACACCGGUUAUGUACGUAGUUGGGCA